UGCAACUCUGCCAUUCCCGAAUCACCACAAUUUAAUAGAUAUAUUUUAACAUGUUUGGGAUAAAAUGACGCUACAUAAAAAACAAGAACUAUACAAAUCGCUUGUGGAGAAAAUAUUCAGCAGGUGCCAGCAAAUACAAGCGGAAAAUGAACGAUGCGUUAUGAGAGUAAAUGGAAUUAAGAAGAUAUUACGUCGGCGUACACACGAUUUGGUGUUACUAAAGAAAAAACUUGACAAACAUGGUGAUGAUUGGCGUUCAAUACCAAUGAUAGGGCCACAGCCAAAGGGAAAACCCGAGCAAAAACGUCGCGGACCAAAACCUAAGAGCAAACAGACAAUGACAGAUGCAACAUCGGAAGCAACAUGCAAGCCCAGAAAACAGCGCGUGAAAAAACAAACAUCAGAUGCCAAUGCAACCACAGCUCACCAUACGGUACAACAUCAACAAUUAUCUACGGUAUAAAGUUAUUCAAAAUACAUGCAACUUUUAAAUAUA